AAAUUAAAAAAGAAUUCUUUCUUUCUUCAUAUAUUUUUAUAUUUUUCUUCUCUAGAUGAUUUGUUAAAAGAGGAUCCACUUGUUCUCCGGAGAGUGUCUUUGUCAUCUAGAGCAGAAACACCACUUCAUGUUGCUUCACUCGCCGGCCAUGUUGGUUUUGUGAGAAAGAUCAUGGAGCUGGUGCCUUCAUUUGCGCAAGAGCCUCACAAAGAUGGUUUUGCCCCAAUUUACUUGGCGACAGCUGCAGGGCACUUACAAGUAGUGAGGGAGCUUUUGAACAAGGGGGAUUUCGACCUGUGUUUGUUGAAGGACAAAGCAGGGAGAACGCCAUUCCACCAUGCAGCCAUGAAAGGGAGGAUCCAUAUCAUAGAUGAGUUGCUAUCAAAGUGUCCUCAUCAAAAAGCCAUGGAGCAAGUGACUCCUAAUGGUGAAACUGUUCUACACUUGGCAGUGAAGAACAGUCAAUUUGAAGCAUUCAAAGUCCUGUUUGAAAUAUCAAAAAAGCUAGAGGAUCAUCAGAGGCGAGUAAAUGCAAAAGAUGAGGAAGGUAAAACCGUCUUUGAGAUUGCAAAUGCAAAUGCAACAAAUCAUGUUCAGGAUGAAGACUUGCUACCCGUUAUUGCCACAAUGAUAGCAGCGGCAACAUCCAAGCCGGAUUGAAUCCUCCCUCAUCUAUCUGGGAAAAAGGAGUCCAUCUUGAUAACAAAUGCAUUAUACCUAC